GCAGUUAGAUACCUACCAGUUGGUCUCUAUACACCGAGACAGUUGUCGCUCGCCAACUCUUGCGGAGCGCAUUCGCUUUGAAGAGUUCGCUGUCACAGUUCAACCUUGUCAUCUGGAUCCAUCGCUGAAAAUUUCACAGAAAACUUUCACCAAUUGACUUGGACCAUCUUCAGGAUGACAAAUUUGAAACAGGCCCUGGGCGCAAGCGAGCUUACCGACAAGAAGGCGGGCCUUUAUCGUGCUCUAGUCGCAGAAUUUCUUGGUACACUGUUGCUGAAUUUCUUCGGUUGCGGAUCUGUCAUCACUGGGAACGUCGUGGCCAUAAGUUUGGCGUUUGGUUUGGCCGUGGCUACAGCGAUUCAAGGAGUAGGACACGUUUCCGGUGGCCACGUUAAUCCCGCUGUCACGUUCGGUUUAAUGGUUAUUGGCAAGGUGCCAGUUAUUAGAGGCUUAUUGUACGUAAUACUUCAAUGCAUAGGCGCAAUAGCGGGAUCUGGUAUAUUAAGAGCAUUAUCUCCUGAAAGGAUGGAACAUGCUCUGGGCGUAGUAUCUCUCUCACCAGGUGUCACCCCCGUCCAAGGUUUCGGUAUAGAAUUUUUCCUUGCCUUCGUGCUAGUUCUGGUCGUGUGCGGUGCAUGCGACGCAGCAAAGCCAGACAGCAAGGGAAUAGCCCCUCUUAUAAUUGGACUUUCGGUCUCUGUUGGCCAUAUCAUCGGCGUGCCAAGAACUGGUGCAGGUAUGAAUCCAGCCCGAUCAUUUGGUAGCGCUGUUGUAAUGGGUUCAUUCGCCGAUCAUUGGUUAUACUGGAUCGGACCAAUCCUUGGCGGGAUGGCAGCUGGAUUGAUCUACGCGUUUGUGAUUGGUCCUGCGAAAGAACCUGAAAAUUCCAAUACAGCGUAUACCGUGGCCGCAACAGAUGAGAAGGAGGUAUAGUAAAUCUACAGAGUCUUACCAGUAAGAAGAAAGACAAUCCUGCUUGAUGUUCUAACUACUGCUAACCAUCGCAUUUCCAACUGUUUCGAUCAUUAUCUAUGUAAUGAUUUAUAUGCCUAAAAUAAGUGAGUUUUAUGUUAUUAUUUAAUCAUCGCGUCAUUAUUAAGCAAAACUAUUUAAAUAUUUUCCAACGAAGAAAGUAAUAUUGACAUAAUUGAAAAGUGUGUUUCAAGUUUGUGCAAUUUGUCUCGAAAUAAUAUAUAUAUCUGAUGACAUUACAUCAUUGAAUGGACAGAUAUAUAUAUAUAUAUAUAUAUAUAUAUAUGUUCGUUUAUAUAUAUAAUAUAUAUACUUUACCUGUAAUUUCAAGUCGUUCCUUUAUAUCAGAUUUGAUUAAGAAUGAUUAUUGCAAGCCAAAGAUCGAUUCUGCCGAACAAAAAUUUUAUAUAGUGUCGACAUCUUCCGUCAUUUCCAAGAUGUAACCUAUUUAUCGUUACAAACUACUCGCAAAAUAUUCGUAAACUAUCGAUAAACGAUUAAAUGAAAACUCUUGUCAUUUCAAAUGAUACAAUUAAACGUAAUUUUUUAUAUUGUAUUAAAAUAUUUACCAAGUUUCGAUAUAAAAAAUCGUAUAAAAUCGUAACAAAUGCCAAUAUCAAUUAAUCUAAUAAUAAUUUAUGAUGUUUUAUAUUUAUCGAUAUUAUUAUAUUUUAAAUUAUAAUUAUACAAUUAUUGUAUAAUUAGAAUAUAACAUGCAAUAUUUAAUUUAUAAAUUCUAAUGAUAAUGUAUUUUCAGUAUUUAAUCAAUAUUUAUACAUUCUUAUUAUUAAUAACCAUUCAAAUGUCAUUCGCUCCUACAUUUUAUAUCUAAAAACUCAAAAUUUAUAUUAUUUUUUUUUUAUAGAUUAUAUAUUAAAAUAUAAUUGAACAUGUAUAAUCGUGUAAUAAAAUGUAAUAAUAAAAUGUACACUUAAGUUUAUAUAUUUGCUAUAAUCAAUUGUAACGAAUAAAACAUAAAUGUUUUGUAC